AUGAAUGCACUUAUUUUAGUGGGAGGAUAUGGAACACGAUUAAGACCCUUAACAUUAACAACCCCAAAACCGCUAGUUGAUUUUUGUAAUAAAGCUAUUUUAGAACACCAAAUAUUUAAUUUAGCGAAAUCUGGAAUAAAUGAAAUAAUCUUAGCAAUUGCAUAUAAACCAGACAAUAUAAAAAGCUUUGUAAACAAUUUAAAAGAAAAAUAUAAUGUUGAAAUAAUUUUUUCGAUUGAAGAUGAACCGUUAGGAACAGGAGGACCCAUAAAGCUAGCUGAAAAUUUUCUAUCAAAAUAUGAUGAUUUUUUUGUUUUUAAUUCAGAUAUCAUUUGUUCUUUUCCUUUACUUGAUAUGAUGAAAUUUCACAAAGAAAAUAAAUCUUUACUAACAAUUAUGGUGAAAGAUGUGGAUGAUCCAAGGUCAUUCGGAGUUGUAAUCACAGAUAAUGAUAAAAAAAUUCUUAAGUUUGAUGAGAAGCCAUUAGUUCCUGAAUCCAGUUUAAUAAAUUCAGGAAUAUAUAUUUUAAAUAAAAAAGUGUUAAAUUUAAUUCCUAAAAGAAAUACAUCCUUGGAAAAAGAAAUAUUUCCAAAUCUAGCCACAGAAAAUUUGUUAUAUUUUUUUAAGUUAAAUAGCUUUUGGGCAGAUAUUGGGAAGCCGUGUGAAUUUUUAAAAGGCCAGGCGCUCUACUUGGACCAUUUUGCAAAUUCGGAACAGUCUGAAAAAUUGGAACAGUCUGAAAAAUUGGAAAAUUUGGAAAAUGACAAAACUGUCAUCCCUGACCAGCUAUUGAUUUGUUAUAACAUCAACCAUGAUCAAAAUAAAGAUGUAAAAAAAAAAAAAAAAAAAAAAUUAUUUAUAACAUUUGAAAAUAUUGAAGAAUUAAAUAAAUUCGAUGAAAAAACAAAUCAAGUUUUAAAUAAAAUAAAAAAAUUUGAUAUAAAAAUAGAAGGAAAUGUUUUAAUAUCUUCAAAUACAAUUAUAAAAAAUAAUUGUUUUUUGGGAGAUAAUGUAGUUUUAGGCAAUAAUGUUAUAUUAGGUGAAGGAUGUAGAAUAAAAAAUUCAUGUAUUUUCAAAAAUUCUAUUAUUAAUGCAUAUAGCUAUGUUGAUAGUUCUAUAAUUGGUUCGAAAUCUUGUAUAGGGGAAUGGUCUAGAAUUGAAGGGUUGUGUGUCUUAGGAGAAAAUGUUAAUUUAAAACCUGAACUGUUUAUAAACAAUGUAUUUAUACUUCCACAUAAAGAAGUAACUAAUUCGAUUUAUGAUAAGGGUGCAAUUAUUAUGUAG